CUCUCCUUCAACCCCUUCUCCUCACCUUUUUCUUUCUUCUUUUCCCUUCACCCAUCCUUCAUUUUCUCAUCCCAAUAUAUACAUCCUCUUGCGUAUAUAUAUCUGAAACCCAAAAAACUCCUGAAAAAUUAAACUGAACGUUUGAACAUGACAGAACCCUACUAUAAUUUUUCCACAGGAUGGUUCAACUUCCUUCCUCUCCAUCAACAAUAUCUUUCUUCUUCCAACUUUUGCUACAACAAAGAAAUUGCACCUCCUUCACCACCACUAAAAGAAGCUCUUCCCCUUCUCAACAAUAAGUAUUCUUGUGAGAGUAGUACUACUUUUUCUCAUGAGGAAGAUAAUAAUAUUGAGAAUGUGAGUGUAUCCUUACAUAUAGGGCUCUCAAUUAGCCCUACUUCUGAUGAUAUGACUUCUUCAAGGGUUUCUUUUUCAUCUGAAGGAGUGAAUAUGGAUGGAAAUAAAGGAGAAUUUGAUGUGGUUUCUUUGAGCAAUAAUACAUCACUAAAUAAGGGUCAGUAUUGGAUCCCUACUUCUUCUCAGAUUCUCAUUGGUCCAACACAGUUCUCUUGCCAUCUUUGCUACAAGACUUUCAACAGAUAUAACAACCUUCAGAUGCAUAUGUGGGGGCAUGGAUCUCAAUACAGAAAAGGGCCAGAAUCCUUAAGAGGGACACAACCAAGUGCAAUGCUAAGGCUGCCUUGUUACUGCUGUGCACCUGGCUGCAAGCACAACAUUGAUCACCCAAGAGCAAGGCCAUUAAAAGACUUUAGAACCCUUCAAACACAUUACAAGAGGAAGCAUGGUGUUAAGCCCUUCAUGUGUAGGAAAUGUGGGAAGCGAUUUGCAGUGAAAGGUGAUUGGAGAACCCAUGAGAAGAAUUGUGGCAAGAUUUGGUACUGUAUUUGUGGAUCUGAUUUUAAGCAUAAGAGGUCUCUUAAAGACCAUAUUAAGUCCUUUGGACGCGGCCAUGGUGCCGUUGGGGUCCCUAAUCUUGAGGAAUUAGAGGAAGAAUCCGAUAUUGAACAAGAUUUAAUGUAAAUUUUUAGUGCUAAGAACUUUAAAGGUUUACUCUAUGUUGUCUUUUCUUUUGCUAUCCAAAUUCACUCUUCUUAAGUUUGUUCUAUUUUUUUGGAUGAGAAAGGUGAAGUUUCUGUAAAUGGUUUUUUUCCCUUAGCUUUGUAAUAUAAAUAUUUGUAUAUUCUAGUUCGGGAGAUUGGUGAAUUAUAGUAUUAACGUUUCUGC